AUGAUGUCUUCCAACCCCAGACCUCACCGUAACAAGAAGAACAAGAAGAAGCGUACGUCCUCAUUCUCUCAGACAGAAAACCUCAACAUCACCUCGCCAACCCCAACCAAGGAUACUGACAACUCUCAAUUAGCCGCACAGAUGGCUUCUUCCAACGAGCUUGUUGACCAGCGCAUCGAGUCGACACCUCUUUCGCCUGUUGCUCCUUCGUUCACUCCUGCCAGCACUUUGGGCAACAUUGCCGAGGACGUCAACGUGGAAGCCGCUCUUGUCUCUGGCACUUCCUCUGCGGCUACUCCCGGGUCUCCUCUGAAAACCACCGAGUACAUCGAUUUGGACACUCCGGUCUCCUCUCCCACUUCCUUCGCUGCUUCUGUUACCGAUGCAGACGAGAACAAUGAUACUCGCUCCAACGUUGCGAAUGCCGGGACUCCUGUGGUCGGUGCCGGUGCCAGGGCUGCUGGCACUGACCCUGCUGCUGCCAGCUCUGGUGCUGCUGCUGUCGACAUAGGUCUUACUUUUGGCAACGCUGGUGCUCUUGCCAGCUCUGGCUCCGCUGCUGCCAACGCGGACGCUGCCAACGUGGGUUCCACCGACGCUUAUUUGGAGGAUGAUGAGUACGAGCCUCCUCAGCCCGGCACAGCCUACAACUGUGCUGAAGAGCAAGCCCGCACCACCAGUGCAGUUGAGAUGUUCCGACAGAUUCGCGCCGACCGUACACAGGUCAUUGAUGUCCCAAUGACUCCUUUGGGAUCCCCUGUCAACGGAAAUACCGACUUCCAAAUCUGGCAGACUUCUAUGGUUCUUCUCGUCCGCCAGCAUGGAGUCUACGGUGCCAUCGAUCCUGGCAUCCACUCCCUGCCGCCUGGCCACGAGCUUUACUUGUGGUAUGUGCACAUGCUCGACAUCGCCUGUGCCUUGAUUUGGAAUAACCUCUCUGCGGAGCUCAAGGCAAACCGCUGGCUCCGGUUGCUCUUCUUCCAAAAGAUGCCGGAGAAGCUUUUCAGGGUCCUUGCCAUUUCUUUCGGUGAAGGCGGCGACUUUCAAGACGUCAACACGGUGAUGGGUGAAAUCGAUCUCCGUCAUCCUUAG